AUGCACAAUAAGGAACUCCUGGCCAUCAUCCAAUCCUUUGAACACUGGCGCAUCUUUCUGGAGGAACAGCACAUCCUAUCACAGUUUUUACCAAUCACAGGAAUCUGGAAUACUGGAAAGAGUCCAGAACCUUCAAUUGCUGCCACACACAAUGGCACCUCCUGCUGGCCAGCUAUAAUUUCCAGAUCUUGUAUAGGCCAGGAAACAAUCUGGAAAGCCAAUGCCCUAUCACGCUGGUCAGAUCACGCCAAUAUACCUCCUGCCAACCAGACCAUGCUCCCGGACCCUGUGUUUGCCAAUGUUGCCCUAUUAACCCCAGAAAAAGAGUUACAAUGCCAGAUCAAAGCCUCCUUAGACCAGGAUGAAUCCUUGGAAGAAAUACUCCAGUUCCUCCAGGGUGAAUCCAAAGCGCUGCCAUCUGUAAAACAAGCAUUCAAGGACUACAAGAUGGAAGCUGGGCUAUUGUUCUACCAAGGAAGAAUUGUGGUUCUGGACGUUGGGACCCUACAGACAGACGUACUGCGCAUAUUCCACAACAGCCCCUUGGCAGGUCAUCCAGGGAGGCAACGCACCCUAGAACUGGUAUCAAGGAAUUACUACUGGCCCAGGAUCUGUGCUGACACAUACUGGCACGUGGAUUCCUGUGAAACAUGUCAACAGAUUAGGAAACCCAAGUAUGCCUCAAUCCCGCCACAGCCACUAGAACUGCCAUCACAACCCUGGCAACACGUAUCAUACAACAUGAUUGUGGACCUACCCAAGGAUGGAAACAACAACUCAAUCCUAGUCAUUGUUGACAGUUUCACCAAGUAUGGAAUAUUUGUCAAGUGUUCCAAGAAACUCAAGGCACCUGAGUUAGCGGAGUUAUUCCUGGAAAAUGUAUGGAAGCAUCACGAUUCUUACAGGCCCUGUACAAACGCCUUGGCAUUGACCCUCACUUCUUUGGCAUAUCACCCCCAGAGCAACAGACAAACGGAACAAGUCAACCCUUCCAUCAAACACUUUGUCAGGGCUUAUUCAGGAGUCAACCAAAGGGAUUGGACUAAAUGGCUCCCAAUGGCAGAAUUUGCAUACAACAAUGCUGUACAUAGUAGCACGGGAAAGACCCCUUUCAAGGCCUUGUACGGGUGGGAACCUACCUUAACUCCGUCAAACGUACCAACAGAUGUCCCAGAAGCGGAAGACCUUGCCCAAACAAUGGAAGCACAGUGGAAGGAAGUGGAAUCCACACUCUGGCAAUCUAAGCAACAAAUGGUAGCCGGGGAAGAAGGAAGUCCAACAGAGUUCAAGAUUGGAGAAGAAGUUUGGUUAGAUGCCAAGAAUAUCAAACUCAAGACUCUAAGUCCAAAACUAAUGGAACAAUGUCUGGGCCCAUUCAGGGUUAUCAAAAAGGUCUCCAACCAAGCAUACUGCCUAGAACUCCCGCCAACUAUGCAAAUCCAUAAUGUCUUUUACAUAGGGUUACUAUCUAAGGUCAAAAGAGACAAGAAACACAACUUUGAGAACCGUCCACCACCAGUUACUAUAGACAGAGAAGAGGAGUACAAGGUGGAAGGCAUAACGGACGCAGAGGAACAAAACAGGAAAUGGUUUUUUAGGGUCAAAUGGAAAGGAUAUGGGUCAGAGGAGAACACAUGGGAACCCCAGGAAAACCUCAAAAAUGCGGGGAAAAUUUUAAAGAAGUACAAGGAAGAAAUGAAAAAGAAGGCCCUUGGCGCUGCCAAGGCCCUUAGAGGGGGGGGCAGUGUUGUAGACACAUUUGAUACCACGGAAUUUAUUCCAAUUUUCUCAAAUUUAAACAAAGUUGAACAGACAACAUUUUUGAUCACGUGA